AUGCGCAAGGCAAGCGCAUUCCCAUCGACAAAUCUUCAAGGAUGUGUCAAUGAUGUGAGAAACAUCGAGCGUUUCCUUCGAGAAGACACAGCACAAAGAUUUCAAGUAAUGACUCCUUCCGUUCUUACCUCGUCUGUCGACCAGAACCGUACGGAACCAUCAGAGCCCCUGAAAUGUUGGCCGACAUUUGCCAAUAUCAAGAAGGAGUUCGAAAAAGUCGAGGAAGUGGCGAGCCCUGGCGAUUUCUUCUUCUUCCAGUUCUCAGGUCACGGCGCACGACUUCCUAAGGUGUCAGGGUCACCCAGCGAGACCCAACAUGACCCUUGUCUUCUUACAGUAGACUACUUCCGCGAGCAGCGUGCAGUGCGGGGAUGGGAAAUCAAUCAAUGGUUGAAGAAUUUGAAUGAAAAGAAAAUUCAGAUCGUCGUCAUUAUCGACAGUUGCUACGCCGGGGGCGGAUGGCGAUCAGGCGAUUCGGGUGGCCGUUGGAGAUCUCCAGAAGGCUUGGCCACGGUUCCCAACCUUCCUAUCGAUGGAGAUCCUACUAUUGAGACUCCUGUCAUGUCGAAUAGCCGCGAUGGCGAGUUGGAUGUAUCCUGGUCCAUCAACCCGGAAGGGUUCACGUUGAUGGCGGCCUGCAAAGGUGAUGAGAAGGCUUUCGAGACCAUUAUCAAUGGGAAAGCGGGCGGGGAAUUCACUUGUGGACUACUGGAGUCUUUGAAGCCCGUGAAACGGAGCAAGCAGAGUGAAGUUAAUCUGACAUACCGCGCCCUUCGCGACCACAUAGCGCAGCAACUUACGGGGAAUGACCAGACUCCAAGGGUGUUUGGUCGAGACAGACUUCUUUUCUUAGGAAGUCAAGAACCGUUCUUUCCUACACGCCUUGUUGUGAAAGUCGACAAGGAUGAAGUUUCUCUCCCAAUCGGAAAGGUCCAUGGUAUUCAUGAAGGAUGCGAGUUCACGACUAUCGCGCCAGCUUCAGAGGCGACCUUCCAAAUAGAUAAGGUGGGGGAGGACAAUUGCAGCGCAACGGUGCCCCCUCACGUUUUACAGAUACUACAAAAAUCUGUUUGUGAGGUCGUUCCAUCCCGGUGGAGUUUGGGUAAGGACGCUCUUCAGAUUCUUGUUGACGCAAGUCUCGGGAGUGAGUUCCAGGCGGCCCUAUAUGAGUCCCUCCAGAAGCGCAUUGUCGGGUCGAUCAAGGUCAGGAAUCACGAAGUCGGCCGGCCAGAUCCCGACUCACUGAGACUAGCCAAGGGCAAGGGAGACGGCAGCAUUGAUAUCUUCGGUCCUCAGUCCUUGAUCGGGUACAAAAGCGCUGUGCGUGGCUUAAAUCUCAGCGGUGACAAUGUCGAGGACAUCGCAGCCAUCGCCCUAUCACAUCUGACCCGUUUCGGACAGAUACUUGAUCUUUCUGAGCAAGCCUCAAACGCAAAGAAGCCAUUCGAUUUAACCUGGGAUCCCGGGCCGAAUAUAAACGGCAAAGAGACAUUCCACGAACACCAACAGUUCAAGCUCAUAGUUGCGAACAAAGGCGAAGAUCCGCUGCACUUCACCGUACUGGGCUUGAGUCCCGGGUUUCACGUGAAGCAGGCCUACCCUUCCGCCGACCAUUCAGCAACGGUGGACCCAGGCAAAGAAGACUCGUUCUCUUGGACACUCAGGAUUCCAGACGAGUUGAAAACGGCUCAGACGACUGAUAACAUUCAUCGAGACAUCUUCCGCACAAUUGUCACCAUAGGCAGAGAGUUCUCAUGGAAGAUUUUAGAGUUGCCGGACAUCUGGAAUGCCAGUCAAUGCGGGGACUUGAUUCGAUGGAGAAGGGAUAUGGUGCCACAGGAUAAAGGGUUUAGUUGGUGGGUGGUGGACAGGGAAGUGAGUUUCUCUCUUUCUGGUCUCUGUGGAACAGGCCCAGCCAAUUUCCAAUGUCCAAUGGACAUCAUGGCCAGAUCCAUUACCCGUCAGGAGAUGAAGCGUCCAGAGCGCCCGCAGGACAAGCGAUAUUUCGUUCGAACAGGGAUCUUGCGACGCCUCAAGCUCAAGCUCAAGCCCAAGCUGACGGGUACAGGGCUACGGGAGAGAAUCAGUCGCACAAAGGCCAUUGGUUCAGACCAAAAAAGACUCAGUUGGCUCCAUCCCUUAAUUACCGGCGGGAGCUACUUUUCACAUCCAAGCCAAGCCAGGAAAGGAGUGCAAAAGGUCCGACGUCGCGCUAGAUACGCAGACGACGUCACCAAAGCCGAUUUUGUCUUGGGCUUUGCUCUUUUCGCGCUCUUUUCGCGCUCACACCCCCUGAUGGGCGGCCUCCAUCGGACCCACCAGGACAUGGUCUUGAGCGGGGAGACAGAUCUCUUCCGUAAACUAGACAUCCUUAUUCUUUGCUGUAAGUCAGUUAAGAAGAUACAAGGCUUCGGAAUCGAUAACGCAACGGAAUUCACGGCUUGUCUCGUGCGCUUCUAAAUCCCUCGUAUGCCAGCAUGCCUCGGCAACCGUGUCAUGUGCAAGUUCCGAUGGACGAGCGGAGUCAGCAGGGAACUUUUGAUGUCUCGCAGCUUCACCCAACGAAAUUGACCGCGUUUACGUUGGUAAAUUAUCGCAAAGGUCCAGACCAGCCUCUUUGCUUUCUUAUUACCAUCAUAAAAUAUACACUCCCUCGUCUAGCUGCAUAGUCAUGUCGCAUGACUUGCUAGGGCUGGAGGAGGGCUGGAGGCGGGCCGGAGAAGCAGG